AAGCUUUUCAUCAAAGUAACAUUGAAGCCGUAUUGGGUUACAUGACAUACUUAUUAUCUGGAAAUCAAAUAUGCCUAUUAGGGCUCAAGAGUUAUUUGAGGCGGUCGCCAUUUUGACUGAUAAACAGUCGAUGCGCGUAACGCUGAAGGGCAGUUUAAAAGGAGCAGCUUUUGCAGGAACGACUACUUUUAUAGGAGGAAUAAUGGCAGGUUCUAUUGGGUUAUUGAUUGGAGGUGUUAUUGGCGGAAUUUUAAGUUACGCCUGGACAAAUGAUGAAUUAAAACCUGUAAGCCAAAUUAUUCUGCACGAUCUUACUAUAAUGGAACAGGAGCUGUUGAAAGAUCGCAUCAUCGCCGCAUUGACUGAAUUUCAAGCAACCGAUAUUAUAAUGAUUGUAAGUUUACUUAAUGGAAACAAUAUUGCACAAAAAGCAGUUUUAUCCUCAGUGGCUACUUUCGUGACUAAUCAACUUCACAUGAAAAUCAUAGAUUGAAACUGUUUUAUAUCCUGAAUAUUUCAUUGCUAUCAACCAUAAAGCAUGCAAAAUCGAAGACAACACUACUCAUAUGUACGUUUAAAAUAUAAUACUCAACAUAUAGACGCGAAAAUACUGUUAUGUUUGAGAUUUUUAAUUCAUGCCAGGCUCGUUAAGCAUACAUAAGGCACAUUCGGACAUCAGAAUAAAAUCAAUACUCAAGUUAUUUUAAAAAAAAUGUUCUGUUUUUACCAGUGUCCAACCGGCAAAAGGAUUUCUUCUCAUUCUCGCAAGCCUGCUAGUUUUCUUUUCCAAAAACUAUGCACCUAGUUAACCUUCGCCACCUUGCCUUAUUAGUCAUCGGUAUUUUGUUGCUUUUGUUUUGUUACUUAGUAAUUCGAUGCCAACUUCUGACAUGAAACGUACACUGCGUUUGAAAUAUUAAAAAAUAUGAAAAUCAAAAGUUGUUCGCGAAACGUUUCGAACUCAUCUCUACUGUCUACCGUUAGCAGAAAAAGACCGAAGAUUGGUUUAGCGAAGGCAAAAAAAAUGUGUAAAUGUUAUGAAGUAAAUAAAAAUGCAUUUUAUUGUCCUGUUGCC